AUGACUGAGGUAGGUCUUCUGAAAAGUUAAUCCUCAAACCCACUCAGUUACCUUUGCUGGUAGUAUCUUUUUUGCAAAUGUAAUCUCUUUGCCGUCCGCGUCAACUGGUUUUGCCAAAAAAUUUAGCUUGUACAUGGAAAUAUGGACAUCCAACGUAAGAGAUGUGGUCUUGCGCUAAAAUCCAGGGGGUAUCAUUUAACGCGUCCCAACCUGAACCCUAACAAUAACUGUCAUAACCUAAACCCCAAACUAAAAGUAACACUAACACUGAAAUUACCUCUAACCUUAGCCCUAACACUAACCUAAACCUAACUCACUAGAAUUUGGCGAAUGGCCGCAUUUAGUGCGGAGGUCCAUAUUCGCGUGCCCUACGAAAACUUAUUAUGCUUCCCUCGUAGAUCUUUUGUCAGGUUAAACCAAAUUUCUGAUAUCACCCCUUGAAUUUACCAGUCAGCAGAAGAUUUUUAAACAGGAUAUUCACUCAUCUUAUUCUGAAAUUCAUGGGGCCCGAGAGUUUGCCGCAGUUACCAUAUUUGCACAAGAUGACAGUAAAAAAGACAGACAUAGGUAGACAUUUAGCAGAAGGCGAGUUCCCUGGAGAAAUCCUCAGUGCAGGAGAACCUGAUGGAACAGCAUAAUUGGGUAAGACGUGAUUAUGUAGCCCCACCUGAUGGACAUAAUACUGUUGGGAUUGGGGUUAGGGUUUAGAGUUAGGAGUUAAGGUUAGGGGUUAGGGUCAGGGGCCAGGGUUGGGGUUAGGGGUUAGGGCAACUAUUUCUCAACCACUCAACGUACAACCGUGCAUUCCCAAUAGCCUUUCUUUUGCACACGACUACGUAACCUCGUCGCCUGUGCGUUUCCUGACCCCCACGUAUAAAAACUCCUAUUACGACUGGUCCCGUAUUACACGUGGCUAGGCUUUGUUUACUUCAGGCGGGGCUACUUAACCACACCUGACUCUUCAUUGUUAGCCUGACAUUUUGGAGAGUUUGGUCAAUAACUCAUUUACGAAGACUGGAACUUGCAAAAAUCCCCUAUAUGGCUUUGAGCAUGAAACCUAUCCUAUUUUCUUCAUUGUGAAUUUCCCGUUGCCGCCCAGUCUGAUUGAGUGAGACAAAAAUUGUGAAAGUUUACGGUGAGGUCAUAUAUGCAGGUGCAAUGCCGUUUUGACUUUAUUCUUGGCCAGCUAUUUUGGUUGCCCGGUUAUCAUCCAUAGUAUGCGUAAUUGCAACAGCUGAAACUUUCCGGGUCCGAUCCCUCUUGUUCGUGUGAUAGCACAAGCUUAGAGCGCGCAAGGGGGGUGUUUGUAUGUCGACGAAUUCCGUAUCAGAGAACAAUGUUGCCAGGACCGGCCUCUGUGAUUAGCGUAGUGCUCCGAUCGAGAGGAUUUUGUCCAUCAUUCUCAUGCGUGGCUGCCUCUGAUGAUGGCUCCGAAACGUCAGGCGAAUAAAAUUGUUGGUCUAACGACCGCAUCACCUUCUCAAACGCUUUCUGCAACUUCUCCUUUUUUCUGCAUCGGUGUACCAGUUCUCUUCAGGAUGCAUUUGUAACCUGUUCUGCUUCCAGUUAUUUUUCGUUUUUUCGAGACGACAACUCGCAUCCCGCGGCAGGUUUUGCCUAGCUAGUGAUUGUGUUAAUAAUAGGGGAAAUGAAUUUCACCAUACAAACGUAGUCACUAUUACAAAGAACAGCCGGCAUAUAAAAGUUUAGUUUACUGUAGAAUACUAGAAAAUUAAUAGUUGAAAUACGGCCUAGAUAUCUGAAUAGUAGUUAGUAAUCUCCUUUUAUAACAGAUCAAGGCUGCUUAAUAUAUCAGUUAUCGAGGUUUCAUAAAGAUACGCGUAGCCACACUAGUUACAGGAUGGGCACAGUGCUCAUGUCUUUCUAAUUGAAAAUGUUUUAUCAUAGGUGAUACUUGAAUAAUAGUUAGUAAUUUCUUUUUAAAACAGACAAAGGCAUUCCCUGGGUUCACAAGCCCCUUAAUAGUAUGUAAUUUCAGUGUGUCAAAGAAUAACGAGACAUGUAAAGAAUAAGACUAGUCAGGAACCGAAACUCGGGUCUGGGUAUGGCUGACUGAGGGCGACUUAUAAGCCAGAAAUGGCUAUUCCAGUCUUCCUUGUCUUUGUCGUUAAGUUAUUUUGCGCAUGUUACGUGCCCCGCUUUGCGGCUGCUGGUUGGGCGUGAGAGAGAGAAAGAGCCCCACGGCACAACGGGACAAGUGAGGUCCAUAGCGCGAUCAGUGGACGUCCCUCUGUCAUUGCAUAUGUCCGAUCGCCGUCGACAGGACGACGAGGCCGUGGCCCAGUGGCUAGGGCGUUGAACUUCUAACCAACAGGUCCCGGGAUCGAGCCCCAGGGGUUUCACACCUCGGGGUUGAGCAAGACUGGUUGACUGCGGUUAAUAAGUCUGAAAUGGCCAUUCCAGCCGCCUUCGCCUUUGGCAGUAAUGGUAUUGAAGACCAGAAGGGCCAUUUCUGCCUUAUAUGUCCCUACAAAUCCCGUUAUACGCCUACCACCGACCAAGAUGUACUGGGCUUGCCCCUCGAGCGAAACUGGUUAAACGUCCAAGGCUUCAGCCCCAAGUCUCGUGCUCACGCGAUGUCAGCUGUCAUUACAUGGGAGCAGCACUAAGGGACUCGCCAGAUGUGAAGACGACAAAUGAGCCAAAUGCAUCGAUCCAGGUCUCCAUUGUAUUUACUGACGGACUUGACGAACAUAACGUAAAUUUUGGUACUCGUUGGCCUGUGACGUACAUGGUACAAACGACUCCAACAGUCCAGUACUAUAAAUCCGAAAGUUGUGGUGUGGUGCAAAGUACAUGAACCAUGAAGUGCGACAGGUCAUAGUCCACCAGCCGCUGAGCAGAUGGUGAGGCACCGUUACGUCAGCCAGAGCAAAGGGACACAAUAUUAACGAAUCUUGCAAGAGCUGUGCAGUCUGUGAGCGCCAAUGGCGACGGUGGUACCUCAACAAUGACAUGACCCAUAAGUCGAUCAGGAAGUCCAGAGGGUGACCAAUCUUAUUUCAGCAACGCUUCUAAAGGUAGACAUUUGUCUUUUAUUUUCGAGAAGGUGCGGUUGCAUCUGAAUAUAAAAAUGAGAAGUAAACUUCUACCAAGACCUCCGAUUCUAGUUAGCCAAAGCGUAUAUUCCCCGUUUUGUCUUGUGUUCCCUUAUCUUUAUUACUUGUUCAAUGGGCAGGAUUCAGAUAUAGAAAAUUAAUAUCACUCCUAUAAAUUAAUGGUUCCAAAUUUUAGGUCAGCUUGUAUGAGUUUAUAUGAGAGAGCGGUGAGGCAGGACUUUCGCGCAAUAUGCAUAUUAGGAAGUAAUUGGAGAAAUCAACGCAAUGUCGACGUGAUCAGAUUUUUAACUGAUGGGCAACAAUUCUCAAGAUAAUCAGUCAUCGCACCACAGCAGGAAGUCGCGCUGGCCACCUCAGCUGAAUGAGGUCGCUUCCUCAGUAUACACGAGCCUACCUCAAUCCAUAGACUGUUUCCUUCAUUUCUGUCUAGGCGAAAAAACUCGUCGUUACUAGUCCGAACUAUAUGUAGGAUUUCCUAAUGCGCAUCGUAAAAGUUCUUGUAUGUGCAUCCUCCCUUUCUACCAAGCGAGCCAUGGGGGAUUCGAGAGUUCGCAGUUACAACUGUUUUACCCGCCCCUGGUGCCUUAGAGUAACAUAGUUGAAAUGCACUUAGCGUGGUCGAUCCAGAUAUACUGAUGGGUCUCUUAACAAAUAAUAUCUUAAUUUACAACACCGGAACCCGACCCUACCUCUUAAAACUUUCAGUAACUAAGUGUCCUGUUUCAGAUAUUUUAUCUUUCUUUUCACACUGCCACCGCCACAACCACUUCACCAAAACUAGACCAUCUCUUCCUUCUGUUUACCCACCCUAAUUCACCAUUUUCUUUCUCUUCUUUCCCUCUUACCCUCCUUUUUCUUUUGCUUGAUCAUCGUUAGGAUAAAACUUAUCGGUUUCGCCUUUAGAUAAAUAGCUUACUGGUAGCCUAAACUGAGGCAUGCCUUUCGGCAUGCCGAUCGAUGAGCCUUCCAAUUCCAAGCAGCCGAUGUGAAGUCAACUGAUGGGCAGUCAACUUACUGUAUCAGAAUUGGUGGAUUCCAGACGUUGCAGUAGGUUGGGCGGGUAACUUGACCCAAAUGUGAUUGAACUCGCGUCAUCCAGCAUGGCCUCGUAGCUCAAGCGGUUAGAGCAUUGGCUGUACUAAAGCCUUCCCCUUACUGCGUGGGUUCGAAUCCCACCGAGGCGCCGAGUUUUUUCACAGUUGGGUCGGUAUGAAUGAUGUGUAUAUCGCAAGCAAAACGAUUUUUCAGAACUUCAGUUUUCGGCCAGUGACUUAUGCAGGAAUGCAAGUCCACCUGCGACAAAUUCCACAUUUGAGGUUGAGAACUCGAAUUAAAACGUCCUCCGUGCAUAUACGGACUUCAUGUAGUAGUGACAAAGUAUUUUGGUAACACGUAGGACGGGAGAACAUUCACAGAACCAAAGGCGAUUUAUUGGGAGUGGGCCUUAACCAUCGACCUCCACAUGUUUGCUGGAUGCAUUACCUCUGUCUAAUCGAAGACCUGAUCCAUCAUGCUCUGAUCAGGUGGGUGUGGCAAUCACAGACGGGUUGUCCAACUUUGUCGGACACCGCGCCCGAUCCCGCUUCCGGUCUUCACUCUGUUUUGACACCGGGCUUAGGCGGGUGGGCGAGGAGAGGGGGCGGUGGAUGCAGCGCAAGUUUACUACUACUGUAAACUAAUAUGCGUGCAGGUCACUGUCUCUGUGCGCACCCUGUUGUGGGAUGCCGGUGAACAUCGGCGAUCGAACUGGUCCCGUGUGUUUCAUGACAGUUUCAAGUGUGACCCUGUGUGCACACUACUGAAAGUGUCGACGACGUCAAGUGCCAAAAGUCUUUUCGAAUUUUCUGAUUUUGGAAGAAUUCCGCGACAUUUAAAGCAGUCCGUUGGAUGACUUUACUCUUUCUCGGUGAUAAUGUUGAAACGAGCAUGAUUUAAAGGAAGUUUGGAAUACGAGGUGUCAGAAAACUAUUUUGAAAUAAGAGCCUCUUAGCAAUUGACCCAAAACAUGCUUCUAUGAAUACGCGAAUGAUAAAAUACUUUUUAUCUCAGUGAAAAAUUUUGAAAUCCCAACUUGCGCAAAAAUGAGCUGCAUUCUACUUCACUGGAAGCUUUCCUUCCCUAAGGCUUAGUCUUACCUGGGAUUUCAUUCCGGAUCGUGGACUCUAGUCGAACAUCAGAAUUAUACAUUUGUUUGUCUUAGCCUCCGAACUUGCCCAGUGGUUCAUUUUCUGGGUGAAAAAGUAAUACGCAGGAAGGAAUUUAUCCGUUUUUCAACUCAACCAAGAAUGGCUGCUGCCAGUCUGACGAAGACAACUUAUGAGCUUACUUUGUGGACGGGGAUUCAUUUUGCCUGCUGACAGAGCAUUGCAGCCGGAGUUCCCGAUUUUAUUCCCUCCCCCACUACCUAUUUUUUUGUAAACUGAAGACGCAUCUCUGAGUCCGCGAAUGUUAAAGCCUAAUGUGUCGCAGGGGCAUGUUCAAAAUUUUGAAUUUAUUUAUCCACCGUUAAAGUAGUCGGUUCCGCUCCGUCUGUGGGCAGCAUUCGUUCGAUUUAGAAUCCAUAGUCGAAACGAAGUCCAGCUUCUAAACUCGAUACACCAUACCAGAUGACUGAUCAGACAUUUAAUUGGCCAUGCCAGUCCAUAAUGCGUAUGAUGACUAAGGACUGGUGAGAAAUCCCAAUACUGCUUUUAGUGGCAAUAUGUUCACUCGCCCUCAAACCAGUCUCUGCUUAAGGCAUGGCAUGCCGAUCACAUAUUCAGUUGUUCUUCUCGCUGUACCCACAGGGGCUGGAAGCUAGGCCUUUUGAUAGCAGUUCCGUACAACUUAGUAGCAUACAGUAUGUGGGCUAACUCAUGAAAUCUAAACAUAAAUUCCGAAAUCCGUUUUCGUUUCGAAAAGAUUGAUCAAGUAAGGUUGUAAAACCAAUCAUCUUGCAGCAUAAUUUUCUAAUACGUAAUUCACCCCAGGACGCCGGCUUUCGAACAAAGGUCUUUCCGGCUACAUCUAAAAAUGACUACUUUAGUAGCAUGCAUUUUUUCUUUGGUUUUCGGUGCCCUUAAAUAUCUAAUCAUAUUUCAUGAAAAACAUGCAUGAAAAUAUUCAUUCUUUUUCUCAUUUGAUAGAAAUUAGUCUUUCUUCAAUUUUACAAUCGAAGGAAGAGAAUAAUUUGGUUUUAUUAAAAUUUUCCUAUUCCCUAAUAAUUUUGAACACGACCAGCCGUUACACUUGCAUUCAGGGUUCACAAAAUACAAGCCGUAUAUUUUGUGCGUACGGGAAACCAUUUUUAUUCGGCAUUAGGAGGAGACCAUAUAGGGUUCGUAAAAUUACGCAGCGGAUUUGAGCCACAUUGUUAAAUACAUAGACAUGACGUUUUAUGAAGGGCCAUUUCACGGUAUUGAAAAAAUCCCACAAUUAGAAACUUCGUAAAACCAAAUUACACCCUUCUUUCGAGUGUAAAAUUGAAGGAAGACGUGAUUUUCUACCGAAUGAGCAAAAUAAAUAUUCCUUGUAUGUUUUCCAUGAAAUAUAACUAAAUCUUUAAUUGAAUUGAAAAUUAAUGAAAAAAUGCUGCUACUUAAAUAGCAAUUUUUAAAGAGUAUAGUUUUUAAUGCGUCUGGAAAGAAGUUCAUUCGAAAGCCGGCGUCCUAGGUUAACUGAAUCUUUAUAGAUUUAUGCCACAUGAUGACUGGUUUUACUAACCUACUUAAUUCAUAUUUUCGAAACGAAACGCAUUUGGGAAUUUCUGUCUACAUUUCAUGAGUUAGCCCACCUACUGUAGCUGCUGUGACCCGUGUGCUUGGUCUUCUGGGUGUAUACGUCGGAUGUGACCUCAUGCAGUUCUGCCAUAGGGUCGUUUCGGUGAGUGCUCGUAGACUGCGCGGUACUGGUGGAUAUCCUGCGAACUGUGAUGGCAGUUUUGCCGCUCGGAUUUCGUUUGAAGUGCACAGUGAAGAAGGACGGCUGUUGGUAUUUUUAGUCUCGUGAACAGUGCAGCUGGUAACUGUAUAUUUACCAAAAGAGGAGUUAAGAUAUCAAACGGGUGUGUGUGUGGUGUACACUUACUGUUUUCUCACAUAGGUAAUCAAAUCAGCCCUUGUUGAACCGGAUAAUAAGUACAGAAAGGUCAUUGCAGAAUAAUGAAUACGUAUAGAAGAACUGUAUUUUACUAGUGCCGGAUGCGCGCUAGCAUACUAAAAGAAGGGAGAGCGGUGGCUAACGAAAAUGAACUAUUGAAAGCAGUUUAUAUCUUCUCUUAGAAGGUCACAUGGAGCUAUUACCAGGCGUAAAAAAGAAAACCGGGGUGUUUUCGCAGUAUGACAGGCAAACUUGUCAAAGAGGAAUAUUGCGGUCCUGCUAUGGCAUAUCUGGCGCUGGAUUUCAGGCUAAAAUUAUUAAUAUUUUAACGGGGUUACAAAUGGAGGGAAUUGCUGGAGUAGGGUAGUAAAGUUGAAUAACCAGAAACAAGAUCUUGGCACAACUCACAGAAGUUCCACAACGGUUACCUAAUGAACAUCUUUCCAACCCCUUAUAUACAUUAUAUUCUGGAAAGAAACCACGUCUUGUAACGCACACUCCUUGGAUUGAUUUCUAAAGCUCAUACAAGUUAAACGCUAAUUUAUGGAAGGGAUGAACGGCUGAUUUAUUUCUCUACUCACUGUUAUAGAAAAGCUCAUCUGAUUUGAAGCUCGUUCUUGAAGGGAGAAAAUUUUCCUGUUUUACAAUGUUAACGAAUCCUUUCAUAUUUUAUAUAUGACCUGAGUUUUCGUUGGCUCCCAAACGUUCUGGCUUAUUGGCCGUGGUCAGCCAGUCACACCCAACCCCGAAGUGUGGAACACUAGGAGCACGAUCCCGCGACCGUUAGAAGUCCAACGCCGCUAACCACUGAGCCACGGGCCCGUUGUGCUGUCGGUUUCGAUCAGGAAUGUGCAAUGGUGAAGGGGCGCUCACCCAUCGUUCUUACGGAACACACUUGUCCUGUUGUGCCUUACGGGCUCUCUCUCGAGCGCAACCAGCAGUCACACGGCGGCGCAUGAUAUAGGCAAAGUGUGUUCCGUAAGAACGAUCGGUGAGCGCCCCUCCACCAUCAUACAUUCCCGAUAGAAACGCACAGGAAAACGAGCCCGUGGCUUAGUGGUUAGAGGCGUUGGACUUCUAACUAGCAGGUCGCGGGAUCGUGUCCCGAGUGUUCCACAUUUCGGGAUUGGGUAUGACUGGCUGACGACGGCUAAUAAGCCAAAAAUCUCCACUCCAGUCUCCCUUGUCUUUGUCGGUACUAAAAUUCUGCCUAUAUCAUGCGCCGUUGUGCGGCGGCUGGUUGGGUUCGAGAGAGAGAGAGCUCCUAAAGCACCUCGGGAUGAGUGCGUUCCGUUAGAACCAUCGGUGAGCGCCCUUCAGCCAUUUCAAACUUUUCAAACUACAUACGAUGUAUGCAUUCCAUGAAGCAAAUGCACACGACUGUAUUUUACUAGAAGACGUCAUGCAUCCGCUUAUCUAAUACCAUAUCGGAUGUUAAACAUGCAAAGAUUAUACAUUGUGUCGACAAACCCAAAUGCGAUAUAUUGCAACGGGUGUUAUAUGAGCAUCUCCAAAACUCUCACGAAAAAACCCCAAAUUGCUGCAUCUCUCGCGAACAAUAUUUGAAGGGGAAGCUAGAUUAGACAGAGUAGACAAAAUAAAAAGGCUUUUGUUUUGUUUACACUGAAAACUGUUGGGCAUUGAACAAAUUUGAACAAGGAACGUUUUGUUGCCUUUGCCUUGUUUUCAAAGUGUGUAAGCAUCGGGAUUCUUUUAGGGAAAAUCCACAUUAGUUGGAUUUUUACUUAUGUAGAAGUAAUAUGUGCAGUCCCGAAAGAUGCCAAUUCAAAACUCUAGCACACGUCACUGUAGUAAUUAGCUCUCGAUUAGUAUUCCCGAUAACUGUUUUACAAAUUCAGGAGAGUUCAUAAAGCCAGGGAAUAUAUUCGUUUCUGUUUACAAGUUUACACUCAUUGUGGGGAGUCUCAACUCUUUGGCCUGUAUAGCUUACUUACGCGUAUAAGAAGCCCAUAACUUAUGCCGUUGACUGCAUUGCGCAUUUAUCCCCUUAUGGGAAGCCACGGGGUCAUGAUAUUGCUGGAACAGAGAAGAAAGUUGUCGCCCGUAUCGGCGGAUGCCUAUGCCUCUUUGUUCGUGAAAUAUGACAGUGAAUAUUAAGUUCAUAUAACGAAAUAUGGGGAACUGUCGACCUUCUCCCCGGGCUUCCACCCUAUGUUCUGGCCUCUGGUCCUCAAACUUAAGAGAAAUUCAAUAAGGUUAGCUGGGAGCCCAUUAGAUUUAUAAAGUCCUUUUAGGUAACCCGAUUUUCUUUCUGACAGAUCUUUGCCACAUGUGGCCCCUUCUGUGAGUUUCGAGUUGGAUGGUUGUCUAGUUGCACUGAUUUGUGUAGGCACCUUAACGAGAGCAAUACUUUAGUCCUCCUCGACAACAUAGGCAUCAGAAUCUCAUACGGCACAAAUUUUUCAGGUGUUUACUGACUAAAGCUCAGGGCAGUAUGGGUGUGGCAAUUCUGGUUGGACUCAAAGACACUAGUUGUUUCCAAUGCAAGCGUAUCUCUCUGAACAUUAGAGAGGAAGAGUGGUAACAAACGGAACAUUUACUAUGUAGCUCUGAACUGCGUCCCAACUUCUGCGCCAUUACGCCGUGUGUCCGCUCAAUAGGGUUCGUCAGUUGCCGCCUAGUGUUUUCCCUUUCGCCAGUUCAAAUUCAAACCAAUUGGUCGAUCCAUAAAUUCAGUUUUCUGACACGCCUGCGUCCACCAGUGAUCACUCCAGGCAGCCGUCCAAAUUUGAGGCUGCCGAGAAGUCGCCUUUUUCGCUACUUCUAGUCCAUUGCUUCUUUUUGUUCAGAUGGCUUCGUCAAGUGACUGAGCAUAUCCCCUCCCGAUUUGGUCAUCACGUGGCAGCAAGGGGUGACGGAGUCGACUUGUCAGCUACAGUCAACGACCGAUCUCAUGAACUGUGCGCAUUCGAUUAGGAACGAUCAUUUAAGUGAAGUUGUGCUAUUGACUGCCUUGCAGCAGAAUGCCAUCAUAUCUCAGAUACGGCAGGAUGUUGGCAGUUAAAUGCACUUCUAUGACAGAAAGGCGCUUGCCGAUCGCUCUACUUAACGCAAUGGUCCCGUUGUGUCUUUGGGCUCUCGCUCGAGUCCCGCCAACAGCCGGACAGCGGUGAGGGAUAUAGGCAGAAAAGCAUUCCCGACAAAGACAAGGGAGAUUGGAAUGGCCGUUUCUGGCUUAUUAGCCGUCAUCAGCCAGUCAUAUCCAGCCUCGAGGUGUGGAACACCUGAGGCUCGAUCCCAAGGCCUUUUUGUUGGAAGUCCAACGUCCUUAACCGGCAGGAAAACUAGCCCGCUGCUCAGUGGUUAGGGCGUUAGACUUCUAAACAACAGGCUGCGGACCAAGCUCCAGGUUUUGCGCAUCUCCGGGUUGGGUAUGGCUGGCUGACGAGGGCUAAUAAGUCAGAAAUUGCCAUUCCGUUCUCCUCUGUCUUUACCGAUAAUGCCACUCUGCCCAAAUGACCUUGUAACAACCGUACUCGGCAAAAAUGGCGGCUUUAGUGAUAUACACUUUUAAAUUUAGAUACUCUUGUAAGUUCAAAUAUUUUUUGUGGAUAACAGGCAUAAAAUAUUAUAUCUUGUACCGCUUCAAUUAAAAACAGGUCUUCUUCAAAAUUUAUACUCGAAGGAAAGGCGUCUUUUGAUUUAAAAUAUUUCUUAUUAUAAGAUGUCCUUCGGGCUAUAAAAUUUUCACAAGACAUGAUUUGCUGUCAAAUAAAUGCAAGAUAAAUUAUUCUUAUGCACGUUUUCUGCAAAAUACACAUUAUUCUUAAGGCUGUCGAAAUACUCUAGAGAAAUACGUACUACGUAAGUAGUCAUUUUUGUCGUGUGCGGUUAUUGCAGGAGGCUGAACAAUCCAUUCAAGUUCUAACAUCCUGGCAUAUCUGAAAUAUCACGGCAUUAUGUCGCAAGGUGGUCAAUAUUUUAACCCAACUUAAACAAUCCUACCUAAUCGAUUUUGAAUUCCGGAAUUUCGGUCAACCAUUAUUGACAUUAGUUACUGACUGUAACUCGGAAUAACGGUAGUUCAAGAGUCGAAAGCUGGACCUCUUCUUAAGAAAUUCUCAAAGAACUGCAUAAAAAGCAAAAGUGUAAUCGCCUGAGCCUCUGAACGCAGAGUGGAUCACGAGGGCAAUGACAAAAAUAGCGUUCUUUUUUGGGUGUGCGAACAAACCUGAAGAAAGCAGCGCGAUAACAUCCAUAGCAUAUUGUUUAGCAAGCUUUUGAAGAGUUAGAUGAUUUUAAAUAAGAAUUUCGAAGUCAUCUAAGGAUGCGAAUGAUCUGACAGUAUGUGAAAUCUCAAAUAAUUUCGAUUCACUUAAAUACAGAACAAUGAGAUGCCAUAAUUCAGAUGCCAGCCAGUAGGAAGAGAACUCAAGUAGAGGUGGAGACACCACCAGGUGGGGUAGAUGUUAGAACUCGUCCGUUUUUAAAAGGCACCUAAAUUACCCUCUCCUUAUACUGAAGAGAGUGCAUGUGACGAUGACACUAAGCUUUUUUGCAGAAAAAAUGCUCGCCUUUUAGUAAACAGAAAACUUUGAUUCUGAGAGUCUAAGUAGACAUCAGCAUUGGCCGGUCAGGCGAAUGCGAGCUUUUUGAAUAGGCGGAGGAGAAAGAUAAAAACAACUGACUAACAUAGAACGUUCGGUCCAAAAAUUUACGUAUUUUGUUUGAUAACGUCCUUUCGGCCGUUACAGAACCUCGAUUUUCGUCCAUAUGUAUUCUCAAAAAGUAGGAUAGAAAUUAACGUUAUAUUUAAACGUGUUAUAAGAUGGCUAAAGCACGUGUUGACUUUCGAAGGUUUAAAAAAGCUGAGACAUCACAAGCUGCAUCAUCUCAAAUUAAAGCGAGAUUCUAAGGAAAGCGUUACGCAGCGUAAUGUUUCCUCCAUUUCGUUUGAAAGUGUCCAUGUGGAGUAAUCUUCGACUCUGGAUUCCGCCUAAAAACAAAUACGAUGAAGCUCGAUGGAACGAUCUACGAGUAGGUGAAGCGCACAUCAAUAUGUUUGCUGAUGCCGGAACUUAUGGUUGAAGCGGUCUUGCAACGAUUGGAGCUACUGGUUUACCAACACCACAAGCCGACAUCCUAGACUUGCUUUGCGGAUGGUGGCCUCGACGUCGUCGAGAGGGAUAAGGUACUAGAAUUCAAUUAAACGUCUUAUCGCCGUCUUCCCGGACAAACGAUUCACGAAGGAAAGUGAAGAAAACAACCUGCUGGCCUUCCUUACUAUCCCCGUCUUCCGCAAAGUUGGUAAUGGCCUGAAAACCAAACUAGUUAGGAAAACAACACACACGAGGCAAUUACUGAGUUACAACAGUAGCCACCUAAUCAGCUACAAACGGAGCUGCGUAAGGGCGUGUCAGAAGUCAUUGUAGCGAACCAGAAGACAAGGUUGUUUAAUGACAAUAUCUUCGACGGAUGCUUAACGCUAGUGAUUAUCCAUACAGCUUCGCCAGCCGAUGCAUGUACAGACGUAACUUUAAUUUUGACUUUAAUACAGAUCAGAGUCGAAUAUUAGGCGUAAAGUUGUAAGGCCGAAAGACCCAUUGCCAUGGAAGGAGACAAAUGCAGUCAUUUACUGGAUCUGGUGUUGUUGUCGUUGACAAAGCAACUUUGCCGGAGAAACUGGGCGAUUACUCCGCAUGCGUAUGGCGGCACAUUCAGCAGCAGUGUGGAGAAAGAAUGCUAUUUCUCAGGUUGCGGCUAAUUCGACGAAAAAUGGUGACACUUACACGUAUGAGGAAGCCGACAUUUCCGCAAGGACUAUCAACCGCUCGAGCUGCGAUAUGAUUGAGUCACGGUUCUCCGGCCUGCAGUCGGCUGACAAGCGUAAUGACCUCUCACUUACGUAUGCUGGGCUGAGACUUUGCCUGGUUAGAGUAAUUAACUGCGCGGAGAGAUCGCGAGAUACUAACUGUUCUGGAUGCUGUCGCGCUGCACACAGAAGGCUUUGUUUCUCUACAGUGGCCAACUAUACAGACAAAUAGACGGCAUAUCGAUGGGCUCACCGUUCAGUCCGUUUCUCACGAAUUUUCCCAUGCAAGAACUACGGCAUCUCAGGGACUAAUUAACAAAGAACGGCUACUCAAAUUGUUUCAUCAGCCGCUGGAUACGCACGCACCUAAGACGGACAAACGGAAGAGAGACACAAACAAUUUGGCACUCCCUACCGUACAUAAAGAAUGUGUCCGAGGCCACAGAACGGACCGCGUCAGACUUAGGCGUGGGUAUCUCUCAUCAUCCGGUGGCUACCAUGCGCAGCAGGAUUAUGAAAAUGAAGGAUCGGCUGGACGCAGGUGAGCAGUCGGACGUAGUCUAUCAAAUCCCGUGCCAUAACUGUCCUUGUCACUGCACAGACCAAACAGGACGACAUCUCAGCUCACGAAUACUUGGGCACAAACGGGCCGUUCGGGGAGACGACCCACUAUCGCAAGUUGCCACUCACACGCUGGAGGAAGGCAAUGAGUUCGACUUCGCCAACACGCUGGUAUUAGCGCGAGCCGGCAACAAGACAGGGCGAGAACUUUUGGAGGCGUGGGUAUCGGACACCAACUUUAGCAAUAGCCACGUUGCUUUGCCUGCGUUUUAUCACGCGCUCCGCCCACGCAGCCACGUGACGCAGCUCACAUCGCCGCGAGGUACAAACGGCGCCACCACGCCGAGGGACCAUUGUGGGCCAGGCAGCAAAAACCAGACCUAGCCACGGACGUGAUCCCCCCUCACGGCAAAACGAUGUAAAUGUUCAUACGUUGCUGCACUCUAGCAGUCUCUGAUGAUGACCUCCAGUUCGAGUUCGAAAGCGAAGUCCAAUAAAUCUGCCACCCCAGUGAUCGUGCCUUCGUCUUCUUUUAAAAUACAAUUCGUUCCGAUUGAGAUCGAAAUUCUGCUAGGCGUGCACGAAGGUGCGACUGUAAGUAUCCCGCGUGAGCGUCUGAUACAGCUCAUUGGACAGAAUGCAGGCACUCUGCUUAAACUAAAAAUUUUGCCCUAGAAAUCUAACAUACGGUCGCAUUUCGAUGAAGGAUCAGCCGUCAUAACCUAUUGCCGGCAAAUACGAAGUGAGGCUGGAAAGGCCCUUCUUACCUUAUUUGCUGACUUCGGUGAAGAUUCGAAUUCAAUAAAUCUAACAGUUGGGCCUGGCUCUCGCACUCUGUCAACUACGAUUGGAAAUAGUGAAGGUAUAGGGGGUUGCGCAUAAUAUUCGAGUUCCACUAUAGAACGAAACGCAGGCGUUUGUUUUGUCAUGCAGAUCUCGUAGCCUUUCGUAUAACUAGAAAAGCUAAUUGUUAGUCUAAGGCAAUCAAUGCCACUUAGUCUGUUUAUCCGAUCUCCGAUAGGCACUGAUUAAAGGUGUGAAACUACUCUGGUACCAAGAAAACUAACAAAUGCGCAGGCCGUCUUAUUUUGUUGGUGAAUCAUUUAUACCAACAAAAUACCCUACUGAUUUCAGUUAGUAGUUGAUUUUUAUUUUAAAUGACUAUCGUCAGCGUAAUGCGUGCUGCCGUAAGUGGAGAAUGAGAAGUGGGCACGGGCCUGGAAAGAUAAUUUGCCUAGAAGUUAACGUGAAGUGCCUGAGGAUCACCUAAUAUAGUAUCAUGGAUACUUUCACAAAAUGACUGUUUCAUAUGGAAGCGUAGAUUGUUCACAGUGGCUAUUUCAUUUCGACUGGCACGUCAGAGAGCGCCAGUUCAUUGUCAACGGGCCGCGUAAAGCUUUAAAGAGCCAGCGCGGGUCGCGAGCUGUCUUCGCUCAACUCGAUCUUCCUGGCAAUUUUCUGUGCUCCUAUUUAUAAUUUUUAACACUAAAAUGAGUUCAUUCAAUGAAAUUGAUAUAACAAUGUCUUGAAAUUUGUUUGUAAAGUUUGCGAAAUUUGAUUUAAUUAACAUAGGAGAAAUUGAUACGGACGCAUGAUUGAUAUGUUUCGAAAUGCCGGACGAAAUGCACGCUCUGUUCCGGAAGCAAAACAAUGCCCGCUAGUUCAUUAAACAAAGCACUUCUUGUUUUAUUUAAUACACAUAUCGGAGACCGUUGACCAAAAAGUGGCCGCAGACGUAUUCAUCUGCGAAUUCCGGUCUCAUUAACACAUUGUGCGUAAUGCUUGCUAAAUGAGAAGGUCCAAAUACUUAUAGGGUGAAAAUAUUCAGAAAAAAAUUGGCUUCUAUAAAUCUACAAAUCAGUCGGCUGUCGUUGUUUUCUUGAGGGAGUUACAACGUUUUCAGUUUUAAAAGGGUCAUCAAUGUGUGCAGCACUUCUGUAAAAAUGCAAGCCUAAGUAAUUCGCUUUCACACACGUUAAACUAUCGAACAUCUGCCACAACACGGCCUUCCCUUUAAGAGCAGGGCGUCUUACGAUCAUCGAUCGGCAAGUCACCAUGCCUCAAUGAAGAUAUCACUGGAAAACCGAGAUAUUUCUUGCCCACGCACUGAAAGACUGCUAAUGCCAGAUUUUGCGCAGUCGAUUAGUUUCAGAAGGCCAGUAAUAAGCUGGAAGAUUACCGAUUCCUUAUGCCAUGCGAAUAAAACCCAUUAACAAUGCUAGCAAAAGAUGAAGCCAGUGGCCGUAUAUGCGGCGACCGGCACAUUGGAAUAGCUGGAUAAUCAAUUUCCGACCGAAUGUGCGAUCUUUUCAUAGUAUGCAACGAAGGCUUCGUUCCACCCAUCAUACCAUUCCAAGUCAUUAAAACACGAACUGGUAGAGUGACUUCUUCACUGCUUCUUGUUCCUAAACGCACAUUUUAACAUCAUUAUCAGAGUGCCAGCAUAAUUAACGAUGACACUUCAAUGGCAUACGGUGAGGUUUAGUGCCACGGAAAUUAUUGCUUCUUAUUUUGAGAUCUGAAAAUGCCCUUUUGGGAUGCGGGUAUCCGUGUUUGUAAAACUGCAGGAAGAUUAAAAAGCUGUCGGAAUCACUUCGUUUUUAUUUCCACAUGCUUUAGAAUUUGAAUGGCUUGGCUUAGAAAUUAUGUUAUAGUUUAAAAUCUAAAGAAAGAGAAACAUAAUUCCCUAGACCAAUCGAUUUACCUAGAAGAAAUGCAAAUCGUUUAUAAAUAUUUAAGAGUGGAGUGGCUUCCUUGAAAUCAAGCAUUUUUCAAUGCAAGAAUUUACUUUAGAUCCUUGAUAUAAUUAUCAGUAAUAUUGGUACAUGCCAACAAUCAUUUCCUUCUCAAGGCAUUCAGUAACAUUACGUCUGUAUCGGCAUUAACUUCAAUUAUGUGUUUUCAUAACUAUCCAUUUCCUAUGGAACAACUAAUUUAAGGCUUUUUGCAGGCACAACAAUGUGGAAACACUUGAAACCACUAUCUCACUACAUGUAAUAAAUGAAUAAAUUCAGUGUAAUUUUACUAAAAAAGCCUGAAGAGGACGCCAAAAAGUACAUAAGCUUAGUGCUCUGUCUUAAAAGUACACUAGGCGUCUCCUCGAUUUGCGCCAGAACUAUCCUACUGAGAAUGGAAUGGGUAAUUAUUUUUGCUAUUUUUAAACAUGUUCUGUGAGUUCUCCUCUUUCCAGAUGGUGCAGUAGUCUGGUUUCCUUAACAAAUGCUCCUAGUCGGUUGCGGAGGGAUAAAUAUCCAAGUCUCGAUAGAUAGGAAGAGGCCUGUUCUACAAGUUGUCUUUCAUAACAUGUCCGAUAUACCCCUGGACCUCAGAUGCUUUAGAGUGCAUGGAAGCCACGUGGAGGAGGAGCCAAAGAACACGAUUCCUACAUGCUUGGAAGGUGCCGAUUCCGUGUUUGUGAUGGGUGAGGAAGAACGAAUUUACUUGUGGAGUAUGUGCUGAUGAGGAGAAAUCCAGUGACUGGUUUGACCGGUGGUGUUUUACCGCAGGUUUUUAUUUUUGCACAUAUGACCGAGAAGGCCAGUGCACUAACUCAAUGUGUUUGGACAGCGUGGAGAGUUAAGGUAGAUAAUUAAGGUGUAUGUUGGUGCUCCAGACACUGGUUCGUCAGUCUUUGUGCGACGGAUUUGUAAGUGGCCGACCAAACUGACGUGUGAUGUACAUGUAUGGUGACAAUAUAGGCAGGAUUGGUUGGGAGAUGCUGAGUCGUUUACGGCGGUGAUUCUGUUAGCGUUGGCGACGCUGAUGGAUUGGGAGUCAGUAAUGCGAAAGAUGGGAGAGUUGUCACAUGUUCAAGGUGUUCUGAGCGUGUCGAUAUUGUGAUGAAUUCCACUGUCGCAUGUGCACAUUUGGCUUAAUAAGUCCACCCGGUGAGUGAAUGUGCGUGGACAAUGCGGGCAGUGAAGGUGGAUACGAUGAGUAUAUGUCAGGACUCCUGGCACUGUUCUGUUGGUGUCAGUGAGAUGCGUUCGCAAUUGAUCGACCCGGCCAAUGCGUAAGAUAAAGGUUCAUCGCAGUGGGAGACAGGUUGGGAUCGAUUCCAUAUUGUUGAUCCUGUAGACUCUGGCGGUGAGGGUAAUGGUUACCGAGACGUCGGUAGUAGUUUCACAGGAGGUAAGGUUAGUUGUCGUCGUGGAAGGGAUGACAGAAAUGGCAGGGUCAACGAUGUCGGCUAAAACGCCGGGGCAUCAGGGAAAAAAUAAACGGUGGCGUUGGUUGUCGUCGUCGUGAGAAUAGGUACUGAAGUGACGAUGGAGGCAUUUGUGGUGGCAAGAAUUGGAGUUGUCGGGUCGCUGUCCAAUUAGUUCCGGAGAUGUCCAUUGAAGCCCAUUCGCGCUCGAACUGUUAGCUGACAGCGUGGGAAUUCUGACAGGGCCUGGGCGUUAGCGUUGUGGAUCAGAGGCGCUUGAGACUUGCGAGUCACUCUUUUGUCUUUAGCAGCGGAGAUCCAAGUGGCUUUGUAAAUUGCUGCUCCAGUCUUCACUGCCCUGCUCUAGGUCUGAGGUCUUGUACGAGGUCAUCCCAGAGCGUCGAAUCGUUUCGUAAAUCCUUGAGAGAGGUCCACAGGCUGUCCUUGUAGCGUCGCUAUUCUCCGUCUUUUCGGCAACCACCCGUAGCGACAGUAGUCGUUCGUGGUCCAUCUUCACGAGGAGGCUGCCCAUCGUUGUUGUAUCUGUCCCUGAAUGACGUGAUUGUCGAGAAAUCCGGUUCGUAUUAAGAUAUGCCUCCGACUAAAAACAUGCGAAUUAAAUUUAUUUACUGUUCCUAUAUAUCCCAUCAAUUCGGCGCCUUGUGAUGCUUCCCUUUCUUAUAUUUCGUUCGAGUUUUAAUCCAAGGACAAUAAGAAACAAAACACCAAUCGGAGAGAUCACCAUCCAGUAAGCGGACUGCUGGUUUUAUCCUCCCAACUUAAUAACUUUGAAUGAGACGGUUUGCAAAAUUUACGAAGACUCCUGGAGACGUUCAACAGCAGAGUGACUAUGAAAAUCUUUGACUAGUCAGUUGGUCUCUAGAUGGUAAAUUAAGUGAUCCCGAGGUACGAUGGAUGCAUGCCCAAAUCAAAAUGGAGUUUAGAUAUUCAGUACUGGGCCGACACUGCGUGGAAUUGCAAAAAGGAUUUCAGACCUACCGAGUCCUAAAGUCCUCUUGUUUGACGACGAUAACUUUGCACGUUGUUUGAUUACUGGAAAAGCACGGCUGUCAUAGCCCAGCAGUGACCUUGGCAGAGAACAGUGUUCAAAAUCAGUACAACAUGAUGAGGGUUUGCUAUUUUUAUGCUCAUGUUCUUUCGGAGCAGAGUUCACCGAGUGUGCAGCGUGGUAGCGGACAUUACGUCACAUAGUGACGACUGAUGGCUCAUCCAAAGACUUACUGACAAAGACGGGGUAGACUGUGAGUGUUUUUCCCUUUCAUUUGACUGAGAUCCUAUACUGAGGUUGGCGUUUGACCGGUCGAUGGCGACAACUAAAUUAAAAGUAGUCACUUCGGCAUCCAUAUCUUUAUGGCUGUUAAAUGCUAUAAGUACGUCCUUGUAGGCUGUAGACCUCAGCUCUAAAACCAGACGGAAAACUUCAUCAGGAUAGGUCAACAGUAGUCAGUCUGAUGGAUUACACUCGAGUUUCCUUAUUUCCCAUUCCAACGUCUAGAGAACUGGAGGAAGCAGGUAACAGCCCUACCUCAAAGCCUACACCUUCCCGAUCCCGCUAAGCGACGGGAAAAUCAGAGUCAAUCUGCUUCGUCUUCCGCUUUGUCUGCAUUUCGCGUGUUGUCGCACACGAGGUCUUCAUCGCGCACAACUACAACUAGUUUUUUUUUGUUUGCAGUUCAUUUUGAACAUUCUGAAUACACAUGUGCUGUCCUUCCCAAAUAGUUUCCUCACAGUCCAUAAGGUGAACUGCCGUCCCAUUUUAUUAACAUUUGUCAGUCGGUGUAACAUAUCUCCCCCCGACUGCGGUCUGACACAAUCUACUUGUAGAUAUCCAUGUAAACAAGCGUAAGAUAUCCGGGUAGAUACUCCGAGAAAUGUGAAGGACUCACCGGAUCAGGGGAAUUGUGUGGCUGACGUUUCCGAGGGUUUGGCUGACUCGCCAGUAUCCAAACGUUUUGUACAUAAAAUUGACCAGAAUUUUGAAUAAAUGGCCAAAUUAGUUGGCCCUGGGCUGAUAGAUUUUUCCCUUUCGCUUCCUUGGCCUUCUGACCGUUGUUUGUGAAUGCUGGCGGCCUCCUGCGUUGUGUGUCAUCACCUCCAAGGGGCUCAUUUGGACCCGUGCUCCCCUUACGGGUGAAUUAGUUGGCGGGCCGUUUCCGGUGAUAGAACGCACUUUCAAGCCUCAGCAAUCAUGCGUGCGUGUAGCCAUGCCGUUGGGAUGUCACUCAUUUUUUUAUUCAUUAACUUGUGUGUAAUCUUGACUCAGUAGCCGUAGUGUCACCUUCAUGAAUAGAAGAAAUAUUUUUUUAGUAAAUAACGGUUUUCCGGUUAUCAUGGAUCCCCAGAAAGCAAUGGGCCCUUCCUAUCACGCGGGCCUAUACCACAUCCAACUUGUGAUUCGAUCAUCCGACCUCAAUCUCGCAGACCCGUCUGCUGCCGGGAACUCACCACACUUACUGCCCAGAGGGAACAUCGGAAACAUCCUCUGCGUACUCCUCACCUGCUACAAAGUUUUCUGUAUUUAUAUGCAUAGGAAAAUUUUCGUCAGCUCAAACUGGAACAUAUAACCAACAAAAGACAAAUUUCGGAAACGUAUGAAAAAGUGUCUAUGGUUAGGUAGUAAUGAUUAAAGUUCCCAAAUUUUCAACCUCCUUGUCAAGAUAUUCAAAAUAUAUGGCUUGUUUAUUUGUGCUCCGAUGUCCCUUUAGUAAAUUUUUAUGUGUGAUGGGGAUCAAAGUAUCCAAUAAUUUCUUAUAUGUGAGUCACUUUCGUCUACUUCCUAACGUAUUAUAUAGAUUCAAAAUAAACAUUGUAGAAUCAAAACAUGGCUAACGUCUGGAGGAUGGAUUUGAGAAGCGGACCCAUCCUCCAAAUUGAAGCAGAGAUAGAAUGCUCUUUCUCCCGCAUUAAUAAAGUGUUAAAAUUUUUUUCCUCCUAGUGCUCUACAAAGGUGGAACCUACCCAAGUGCCAAGAAUUACCUCCAAAUUCCUUUUCAUUCCAAAGGGCAAUUCCUUGCCCAAAAUAAUGUCGGAAAAUAUGGAAACAUGCUCAGCUACAUGCGCGAUGCCCGAAUACCGUCGUUUUGAGGGUCCUACCACAAGAAACUCUCGGACAUUCAACAGUCCUGACUUUCCACCAACCAACAGACGAUCUCACUCACUCUUCUCCCUUCCGGUAUGCGAGAAUCGCUCUCAAGCAAUGGCAAUGCAUCUUUUGGAUUCCAUGGUGAUCCGCUCCAACUCUACAACCUACGAUAUCGUGGACCAUGCAGAGGAAGGGCCCAUGGCAACGCCAUCGAUUUCUAACAGUCAGUUAUCAGAGGCACACAAAUCUGACCUCGGCUGUAAAAUCGCAGUCGGCCUCUUUGUAGCCCUCUCGAUUUGCAUUCUCCUCUCGGUGAUUAUACUGGGCAUCCAUUUCGUUUAG